CAAAAUCACAGUAGACAUUUUUGUCUCUGUUGUAAACAGUCCCUUUAUGAACCCUGGUUUAGCAAAGAAAGAUCCCUUUUCAGUUUGGCUUUCAGAAAGAUCCCAGUUCCCAGUUGAUCCAUGGCAACCAUCAAUGGCUUCCACCUUCACAUGUCCAGCCUCAGAAGCCAAGAACACAAGUCCCAAGUCCUGCAUGGUACUAAUUUGCUGUGUCUCCAUGAGAGUACUCCUCAUCCAAGAUCAUCAUCAUUCAACAAAGUUCCAAGAAAACCCAGCCAUGAUUACAGACUGAUCUCAAAGGCGACGUCUCAUGCAUCAGAUAGUUCUCAACCAGAACCUCAUCAAGUUCCGGCCAAAUCCCCAUUCUCUGCCUGGAAACAUUGGAUACUGGGAUUAACGUUAAGCAUAUUAGUACCUUCUUUUAGACACAAAGGGGGACCCUUCCUAGUCCUUAAAAGCAAGGUGGAUGUGGCAGUGGAAACAGUGGAGUCCGUGACAGAGGUUGUGGAAGAGUUAGCUGAGGAAGUAGAGAAGGUGUCUGAACAAGUAGCAGACAAGCUACCUGAUGAUGCUAAGCUUAAGAAAGCUGUGGAGUCAGUUGAACAUUUGGCCGAAGAAGCAGUGGAGAAAGCUAAGCUAGCUGAGGAUAUCAUUCACAAGGUAAAGGAAGUGGAGAAAGAGGUGGAGGAGGCACUAAUUGAUGGCUCAGACAAGAAGCCUUAGACGACACUUCACUAAUAAAUCGAGAGAGAUUAGAAGAAAAGAGAGUGAGCGACUUCAAUUGACCCAUUGGGGCAUGCCUAUUCUGCCUUGUAUUCUCUCAAAUUUUUCUCCUACUGUGUCACUGAAGCCAGUGAUCAAAUAUUUGCGAAUUGUAGUCGGACAAAGGCUCAUGGCCUGCCAAUUACGUGCUACUUUAGACAUAUUUCUCUUCA